AUGGUUACCACAAGGUCUUCUGCUCAUGCGCAGCUCUUCACCAGUCAGAGAACCGCAUUUGAAGCUGUUGUCAUAGCACCCGCAACGGACAGAGAUGAAGUGACCAAUCAGCGCGCAGCCUUCAGACAUUUAAACUGUGUCACGCGCCGACGUAAUUCAAACAGAGUCUGCGACCUGAGUGAGCUCACGCAUUGUCCGAGAGAAGAUGGCACAGUUCGGCUUCGAGAACGACAUUCACAGCAUUUUGAAGCUGGAUAUGCCUAUCACAAAUGCCCCAAUGGCAAGAUGGCAGCGGAAGGCCAGUUCUUCCAGCUCAUCUGCAGCAAUAAAACGCCAGUGAAGGGUAAAAAGCAAACUCCCUCGAAAAUGGGUGGAGAUCGUUUUAUUCCCAUUAGAAACAGUAAACAGAUGGAUGUGGCUAGUUUUUUGCUUACCAAGGAAAAUGAUCCUGACCAGCACUCUUCAGCAAAAGCAAUGUCUGUGAACCUAAAUGGAUAUGAUCUUGAAGAUGCAAAGAUCCUACAUCUUGGGGGGAAGCCUCUAAAUGCCCCUGAAGGCUACCAAAACAAUCUAAAGGUCCUCUACAGUCAGGCUACAACUCCUGCCUCAACCAAAAAAACUAGAUACAUUUCCACAACGCCUGAUAAAAUAUUGGAUGCUCCUGAACUUCGAAAUGAUUUCUAUUUAAAUCUAAUUGAUUGGAGCAGUCGCAAUGUGCUUGCUGUGGCACUUCACAAUGGUGUUUAUCUAUGGGAUGCAAAUCAGGGAGAUGUCAUUCUUUUAAUGAAGCUGGAGCGGGAGGAGGAUUAUGUCUGUUCAGUGUCCUGGACCAAAGAGGGGAGCUAUCUAGCUAUUGGCACCAGUGAUUGCAAAAUCCAGUUGUGGGAUGUUGAAAACCAGAAAAGACUUCGUAGCAUGGCAAGUCAUACAUCCAGAGUUUCUAGCCUCAGUUGGAAUGACUACAUUCUCUCAAGUGGCUCCAGAUCAGGACUCAUCCACCAUCAUGAUGUGAGAACGGCACAACACCACAGGUUCACGCUGACUGCGCACUCUCAAGAAGUAUGUGGACUGAAGUGGUCACCUGAUGGCCGAUAUCUGGCCAGUGGAGGCAAUGACAAUUUAGUGUGCGUAUGGCCUCGCGUUUCAGAGGGCAGUGCUGGCAGUGACAACCAACCAGUUCGCUGCUGGAGUGAACACCAAGGAGCAGUGAAAGCUCUGGCUUGGUGUCCAUGGCAACCAAACAUCCUUGCAUCUGGAGGUGGCACGAGUGACCGUCGUAUUCGCAUCUGGAAUGUCAACAGUGGCUCUUGCAUCAGUUCAAUAGACUCUCAGUCUCAAGUAUCUUCUCUUGUUUUUGCACCCAAUUACAAGGAAUUAGUUUCUGCUCAUGGAUAUGCCCACAACAAUGUUGUUGUAUGGAAGUACCCUUCAUUUACAAAAACUGCAGAACUCUAUGGACACAGUGACCGAGUACUUAGUGUUGUCCUCAGCCCAGACAACUCCUCGAUGGCCACUGUUGCUGGAGAUGAGACCAUUCAAAUAUGGAAGAGCUUUGAAGAGGAUCCUGUUAAAAAGAAGGCUAUGGAUCGUAUGGUCAAACCAACAACCACAGGAUUGCACCACUCAAUCAGAUAA